AUGCCCGAGAAGGACGGAUCCUGGCUCCUCGGCGUGGUCGUCUGCUCCAAGACGGGCACGUGCCUGGUCAACGCGUGUUCGGAUGCACCCCUCCGGGUUCGAGAGCUGUGCCGCAUGCUGCCCGCGCUCCACUCCCUCGCCGCGGGCGUCGCAUCCCCCACGUCACACCUCGACCUCUCCACCUGCUCCGUCGCGCUGUGCGAGAGCAGGGUGGGGUACAUCGUCGCGGCGUUGACCUCGCCGGGCGCCGACUGGCGACAACGACGAACGAGCGCCUCGUUCGUCGCCGAGACGGUAUCGCGCGCCUUCGCGUGGCACGGCGGCGAACACCUCGAGUCUUUCAUCGCCCGAGACAUGGACGACGCGGUGAUGGACGCGACGUUUGACGCGGGUGAAGACGCAGACGACGGAGACGACGACGACGCGACGACGCAUCCGCAGUUUCGAAGCUUCGAGCUCGAGUUCCUCCGGCCCGCGCUCGCCCGCGAGUUCGCGCGGCCCGCGCACGUUCGGUGGCUCGAGCCCCUCGUGGGAUGCGUCACCGCGCGGGUGGCGCACGCGCACGUGCUGAUACCCCGCUCCCGCGACGAUGACGCAUCCCACGGGAGCGGCCAUCGCCCCGCGACGAACGACGACGUCGCCGCGGCGGUCAGGGACGAUCGCGAAUUCGACGAUUCGGCUUUGUCGGACGCGGUUCGGACAAAGGAACUGGGCGCGCGCGCGACGUGGGAGUGUCACGUCGUGGCGUCCGCGCGGGGAACCGAGGCGUCGCACCCGCUCGCGAGGCUGUGCGACGUCGACGCGGUGGGGUGCGGCGAGAUUUGGCGGGAGACGCGGGAGCGGUGUUUGGCGAUGGCCGAGUCGAGGGCGCGGCGGUGCGCGGCGACGGCCGAGGUCGGGGGUACGUUUGACGGCGACGGCGUCGGCUUGAGCGGUCACCGACGAGUCAGUUCGCGGGUGAAGGGCGCCGGGGUGGUUCGGGGCGCGUUCGCGAAAAGGGAGGCGUCCACGCCGCCGGAGACGGCCGUGCUCGUGUUCAGGAAUGUCGGGGGAGGGGGAGGGAAAAAGGACGGGGACGUGGGUCGGGAUCGGCGGACGCUGCGAGCGGUUAUACACGCGUUCUCGUGCCACCCGGGCUCGGCGAUCGGUACGGCGUGCGCGGUGGCGUUUUGCGUGUCGCCGCCGGUGGGUGACUCACCGGGCGGUGACUCACCGGGCGGUGACUCGCCGGGCUCCCCGACGGGGCGCGGGUGGCCGGACGAUUUAGACGGAUGGGACCCGCCGGAAGUAUCCGGAGGAUACGUGUCCAGGCGCGUGGCGGGCGGCACCGGCGCCACCUCGAGCGUCAUGCCGACCGAUCUCGCCAGGGCGAUGUUCCGGGUCGCCGACGCGGUGAGGACGACGCUCGACCCGCAUUUCGAUUGGAGCAACCAUCGUUCGUCGUCGGAUGGGGCGACGGAGGCGAAGAAACGGUGGGGGGGGCUCGACGGUACCGGUCUUGAAGAGGGUCACACGGAACGGUCGGGACGGGGCGACGGUGUCCCCGCCGUUGGUAAAGACGCGGGGUGGGUGGUGGUGAAAGGCGCGGGUCCACCGACGGGUCGGGGCGUGAGGAGGGUCGUUCCGGCGUAG